AUGGAAGAAAUUGACUUAGAUUCAUGCUUUAAUGAAGAAGAAGCAGAUAAACAAACACAAGAAGAGGAAGCUAGUAAUGAGUGCGACAUUCAAAAUCUUCAAUUACAAAAUACACGACUUCAAGAAAUAAAUUCAAACCUUCAAACUUCUAUUGAUGGAUUAAAAAAUCAAUUAAAAGAAGCGUUAGAUACUGUAAAUUCAAGGCAAGCGAUAUCUACUCAAAAUCAGCAGCUCAAAACACAAUUGAAAGAAGAGAAAGAUAAAAAUACGCAAUUAACGCAACAAAUUAAAGAUAUUUCAACAAACAAUGAAAACGAAAUAAAGAAAUUAAAACAAGAAAUCACUGAACUUCAAGUUACGAAAUCACAACUCGAAAAUGAGCUUGAUUCUUUGAGCGGGCAGAAAAAUAAGUUACGUAUUGAAAAGAGAGCAUUAAGAAAAGAACUUGAUGAUAAAGAUAUCGCUAUUGAGACUCUUCUUAAUCAAGUUGAAAAAUUCAAACUUUACAAGAAGAAACUUCAAUCAAAGAGCCAAGAUAUGACAGCAGCAAUAGCAUCUUUACAAAAGGAUUUAGAUCAAAAUGCAAUUGCACUCAAAAAAGAGCAAUCCGAAAAAUCUGACGCGAUUAAAGAUAUUGAAACGCAUAAAUCUAAGAUUGAGUAUCAAAAUAAAUUCAUUGAUGACUUAAAAUCUCAAAUACUUAGUCUCAGAAAUACAUUAACAACAAAAGAAAGUGCUUUAUCUCAGAUUGAAGAGAAUCUUAAUGAGCAAGAGGCAGAAAUCGAGAAAUUAGCUAAAGAUAAACAGAAAUUUGUCGAAUUACUUCAAAAACAAUCAACAAUCUUAACAGUUUCGGAAAUGAGAAUUGAAUCUCUUCAAAAAGAGAUCCAUUCUCUUCAGAAUAAGCUUGAACAAAAAUCUGCUAAAGAUGCAGCUAAAGCAUACGAUACUUCUUCUCUUGAAAUUCCAUUUGAAGGAGAAUUGA